AUGGACUCACUGUACAAAUUCGAACCUCGUACGUUUACUUUUUUAUAUAAAUGAUUACUUUGGCAAAAAAUGAGUAAAAUUUUGAUUUUUGAGUUGGCUCUCCUUUUGAAAGGUGUUGAAAUUGAUGUUUUUGCCUUUUUCUUAUAAAGAUGGUACACUUUUAAUGAUAAGUUGGCACUGUAAGGCAAGUGACAUGUAGAUUGUUAAUUGUGUUAUAUUACUUUCUAAUUUUUUAAUUUUAGAUAAUGAUAUGGACAUUGAUAACCAGGACGACAACGCCCAGUGUCCGUUUGGAGGCAACGAUAACUUUACAUGUUUUGGACCGACCGCAACCUCCGUUCUUAAUGAAGUUGUUACGGUUUCACACGAUUCGGCACUAGGAUCGUCCGUGUCUGGGUUUAGUCAAUGGUCGUUGCAAGAUAACAAUAUGUGCAUCUCAACGACUUCAAGGACUUUGGUACGUUAAGGUUCUAAGCUUUAUAGAAGGGAUUGCAUUUUGAUUUGUGUAUAUUGUUAUACGGGUUGAAAAAAAUUUUUUUACAUAUUGCUUUUUAACGCAAUUUUCUUCUGUGACAUCUUGACAUAGGUAUUACUUUUAAACCUUUGUGCUCUUGUCUUUCUUCAACGUUAUUAUCUUCAGGAAGAUGUGAUAGUAAUGGACGAGGUGGAGGACACAGCCUCACCCGUCCGACGGCCGCUCCAGGACAUUUCGAAUGAUACCCCGGCCAAGCAUAAACGGUUUAACCGAUUGCCUUCCACUAGUUCGUCGAUGUCGCUCAAUAAAGUUGUGGUUAAGAAAAAAGCUGAAGCCAGGUUUCUGAAACGACCAUCUCCGAAGCUUCCGGACUCUGUCAAACCAUCGGACAAGCUGGUGUCCAGAUCGAUGGUGAAUAUGACGAGACAAGGAAAGUGUGUUUCUCCUGAAUCCAUCCAGGUGAGUCUGAGGUUUGGGUGACAUUAAAAAGUAUAUGUUACCUACUUGGCAGUAAUUUUUUAUAUUUUGUUGUGAAAAACGAAAGGAUCUGCAGUGAUUAUGUUAAAAAAGGAAAUGCACACAUUAGGUUAACAUGAUACCCUUUGUCUUUACAGAGCUAUUCACUACGAUGUGUGCCAAGGCCUCAAGUCGCUUCAUCGGCUUUCAAGUCCAUUGACGGACAGGCGUUGGCAGCGUUGAUAAAGGAGUUGGGAAACGAAAAAUUCUUAGAGAGUUUUAUGUUAAUCGACUGUCGAUACCCAUUUGAGUACGAAGGAGGGCAUAUUGUGGUAAGUUUCGUAAUGUUUUUUAUAUGUUUGUUUUAUAACGUUGCUUUAAAAAAAUUGGUUUUUUAAUGUUUUAUUUUAUUUUGAAACUAUUUUUAGUAAUUUUAUAUGCUUUUUGAUGGUUUAUAUUGCAUUUUUUUAUUCCAGAACGCGGUAAACAUGUUCGAGUUUGCGAAUGUUCGCCAGUAUCUGUUCAAGGAAGAGGAUGGCACCUGUAGCGCUAUUCAAAGCAAAAUCCCUAUCUUUUACUGUGAAUUUUCACAAGCCAGGGGGCCAAAGAUGUAAGUCUAUGAUUGUCUUGUGUAUUUGGUAAUGGUUGAAUUAUGUUGAUUAAUGUCAUGUUUUUUUUAUUUGAUUAUUCAUAUUGGGAAAUGUCGCGCAGUAGCAUUAGAAUAACAAAGGAAAAGGGAUUGUUGAGGGUUUCUGUAGCGAAAACAAUGUUUUGUGACAAAUUCAUUACUUUGUCUUUUUACCGUAGUUUUUUUAAAUUGAGGUUGUGGCACUGACAUAAAGAAACGUCGGGAACUUUUAAUUGAUUCAACUUAGUUAACGUUGCAACGUUUUUGGCAGGUUUUCUGGGAGUUUUUCUUGGUUUUUCUAUUAUGUUUAUUUCAGGGCCAGCACGUUGAGGAAGUUUGAUCGACAUGUGAAUACGAACAACUACCCCCAUCUUGACUAUCCUGAGAUCUACAUUCUCGAAUCUGGGUACCAGGGCUUCUUCAAAAUGGAAGAGUUUAAGGUGGGUACAGUUGGCUAAAUCACUAUGACUUUAUAAUAGUGAUAUUGUAGUAGGUAUGAUUGGUGUAAAUCUGUAUAUUCUUUUGAUUCAUUUUAGUUUUUUUUAAACCGUUUCAAUUUUAGGGCUUGUGCACGCCGUGCCAUUACAUCCGAAUGCACGACAAGGCCUUUGCCAACGAGCUGAAAGGCUUCAACCAUCACAAGAAGGGUGCCACACACCGCCUCUGA